UCCCCAAAAUAUUUUUGUCCCAAUCAUUUGCUUUUUCUCUCUCUCUCUUCUCUCUCUCGCGCGUUUCGUCUUCACAGCGAUCUCGGAAAUUAGGGUUUCGGAGACUCCGGGGUUAUCAUUUGCUUAUCUGGAAUUUCAAGAUCCCGUCACACUCGAUUUUUAUGAUUUAAGACCAUGAAGCCAGGAUUUUCUUCUUUGAAUCCCUACGCAGCAGCAUACAUUCCACUCUCGAAGAGGGAGACAGAUGAUAGAACUUAUGUGACAACAAAAGAUUCUAGCCGCAGCAACGAGUCAGUCUGGUUUGGGAACCCUCAGAAUUUUACCCAUAAUCAACACCAUAGCAAAGCUUAUCUUGAAUCUGAUGCCCCUGGUACUGCAACACUACAGAGUCCAAAGUCAUAUGCUGUAAAGAGCUACCCUGCUCAUGGCUAUUAUGGUUCAUCUUCGCAGAAUGUGAUUAAAGUGUCAGAAAAUGAAGAUUUUGAUAUGGAUAUGGAAUAUCUUGGGAUGUCAUUUCCCGGUAUAUCUGAUCAGUCCCUUAGUGAUGUGUAUUUGGCAAAUAGGGGCGACCUGGAUGCCACCAUUGACAUGCUGAACCAACUUGAGUUUGAAUCUUCUGAAAGUCUUCCAGACACUUUGGACAUUGGAGAUGUUUCUGAAUCUGGGUUGGUGGGCAAUAGUGCAUGGAAGCUGAAGAAUGUAGCAGGUGAAGCCAGCAGUUCGCCCAAAUCGUAGGUCAUAAGCCCGUCUCCUGUUUGAUUUUGUGGAAAACAAAGAAAUGUCAGUUGUUUUACACUUGACAUGUUUGGUUAUAUGGGUGAAAGAAGUAUAUAAAUAGAGGAUAUAUCUCUUGGUGGAGCAUCGACAUGUUUGGUUAUAUGGGUAAAAGAAGUAUAUACAUAGAGGAUAUAUCUCUUGGGGGAGCAUCAAAUGCACACAUAGUUUGAUGAUAUGGUUGUAUAGCUGUUAGAUGCUUGUGUUUUUUUUGACAUCUUCAGGUUUUAUAAGCCGAAAAAGCUCACUGUGCAAUUCUCUUGCUACUCCGGGUUUUUUUGAAAUGAAAGUGAUGUGCUUCUUCAUGACAUUUUGUUAUGAUAUCAAUGUGCUUAUAGUGC